CCCAAAAUGGGUCAAAAUAUUUGAAGUUUCGAAUGUAAUUCCCAUUAACAUUUCUUGUGAUAUAACCAAUUUGUGCAAAAUGUAAUGUUGUAACAAAACACGUACAAACAAUGGAAUACUCUUACCGCAUCACUCCUGUCAUUGUAGUUUUCUUCAACGUUCUUCUGUGGACACCCGUUGAAACAAUUGUAAUGCUCCCGAGCACUGUCGACUGCAACAAAAAACCGAUAGGAGUUGCUCCUUUGGGACCAGUAAUCGUGCGGUCUCAGAUCAACCAACGUUUUGAUGCGUUGACGUGCCGAGUCACCUUUUCCACAUACUAUGGAUACAAGCUCUGUUUGUUUUUCUCAACGUUUUACAUUGAAAACUGCGAUGUAGCUUUCCUAGUGGAACGGGGAAAUACAACCGAGAAGUAUGACUGUUACCGACAGGACAUCCCAGAAACUAUCUGCACUGGCAGCCUGUAUUUGACUUUGGUGUUAAAGAAGACAAAAUUCUUCGAAAAGGGAUAUAAAUUCGAGCUGACAGUUAAUAGCUCUGCAGAGGUAACAUCAGCGGACUUUGUCAAGGGCAUGGGUGCCUUCAACAAGAGUGCCAGACCAGUAGUUGUUGCAAUGGUGCUUAUCCCUACUUUGUUUGUCGUCCUCUGGAAUGUCUACACUCACUGGAGAAAAUGCCAACAUAAACGACACAACCAGCCCGGGGAAGAGAGGGAUGUUCAGCGUCAUAUUGUUUAUGUUGGAGGAAAAUUCAAGAAAAAGCCCUUGACAAUUAUCUAAUGACGAAUGCAACUGCUCCCCGUAUUGUGCUAGGCUUUAAUUUAGAAGUGGAUAAAGUUUAGGUUGACGCGCAUGUAAAGUUUGUUAAGGAGGCUUUAUUUUGUCUUUUGCGUUUGAUCGAAGAGUCGUUAUUUUAAAUGUCCAUACAUCAUUGUUUAUUAUAACAACGCAAUAAACGUGAAUCAUUUGUGCAUAAAGACACAAAAGGACCAGAUUGUUUAAACUAUUUGCAUGAUAGACAAUCCCAUCCAAUAUAUCACUUAUUACCAAAUCAAUGUGUUAAUAGAAAAUACUUUGUAAGAGGGCCAAAUAACAAUAAAUAGGUUUUGUCUCUGUCACUAAAACAAUUUGGAUAAAUAAAGUUUUUGUUCAUCCUUAAUUGUUUCAGAAGAAUAGAUCAAAUGUAUGUUUCGAAAAAAUGUUAUAAAUAUGAACCCGGAUUAGAAGCGCGCUUUAAAAUGUAAAGUCGUGUUGUGAUUUUGUGACUUAAACAGUGUGUCUAUAAUGGGGAAAAUAUUCCGUCUAGUAAUAGUAUUGUUUAUUAUACAACAUGCGGAUGCGAAGAAAGUAUACAUGAACAGCCUGUCUGACUGUUUCCUGAAAACCCCAAUUGAGGUUGAAGAACCGGUCAUGAUAUCACAUCAGGACAACAAUCCUUAUGACAUGCUAGUUUGCAACAUUACACUGAAAACAGUACCAGGAGAAAAACUGUGUCUGUCAUUCCAACAUUGGGUAGUUACAAACUGCGCUGUGUAUUUACAUUUGCAGUCUGGAACCGAAACGAGAAGUUACGACUGCUUUGUCCGUGGCAAACCAGAAACAUUUUGUAGCGGAAAUGAGUUGCUGACGGUUAUCUUGGAAAAGAAAUUGCUUUCCCAAAUUGGAUAUGAAUUUUCUUUAUUGGUCGAGUCCUCAAAAGGUGACACGUACAUCCAUUUUAAGAAUGGGCACAAUGACGCUGAGAUGGGUAGAGAGAUUGGGGAUACACUCAGCAUCGUCAGCUUAACUAUCAGCAGCGCAACCAUGUUGUUCGUACUGGUCGUUCUGCUACUACUAUGCUGCCGUCGACAAACCGUUUACAAGAGAACUUCCAGGCAACAGCAAACCUUUUUGAAGUUUGAAGACAUACCUAAGUUUGAAAACUGUUAUAGCGGACGAUAAUUUAUUACACGCUUGAUACCAAUAUAUGUGAUGUUGAACUUUAAGCACUGUACGUACCAUUGUUAAGAUAUCGAAUAGUAUUUAGCAUAUUUAACAAUACUAACCGUCAACUACAUGCACUUGCUAUAUGCCAUAAUAUUGAAUACAUGUGUAAUGAUAUGAAAACUUUAAUUUCUUAGAUUUUACAUCCUUAUUACUUGUGUAGUUGAACAUUAUUACACUGUCAUUUUACUUUCUCUGUAAAAAACAUAUUGUAAAUAAUUAAAAUGAAACAUUUUGAUAAUUUUCAAAGAAGCGCAAGCAUGCUUUAUGGUUUUGCAAAAAUCAGACUUUGAAUUCCAACGUUACCUCCCGCACACGAACGAACGCUUUAGCAUCGGAAGGAGACUUUUUACCACUAACGAGCAGUUUUCCCAUUCGAUCACAUUAAAUUUUAUUUAUACAUGUAAACAAAUACAAUCCUUCGCACACAUCCGUUGUACUUAUACUGGAGGUCGCCAUUUUUUUUUUGGUCACACAAGACGUACUAUUGUUGUGCAGAAUACGCUGCCGCUGGGUACCAGACAACAUCCGAAAAUGAUGUACAUUUUAUUUGUUAGGGGAGGUAACAGUGUAGGAGAUUAUCUUUAUUUUUGAGAAGGUUAUGCAUCUUCGUGGGAUUAUGUUAGUAAUGAUUAUGCCCCUUUGUUGUAAUAUUGCCAUAAUUCUUAUGCUUGAAAAUGGUUUUCUUUAGGUGAUGACUAAGGAGGACCAUCUGCGUGUUUAAUUUCUAGUUCAUCAUUAGUAUUCGUCAUAGAAUUCUUAUAUUAAAACGAAUAUUACAAUUUAUGAUGUUGUUACAUGUAAACUAUGAUAACUGUCUAAAUUCAGUGACGUCACGAUGUUUAUUGUUGAUAGACAUGUUAAUGUUUCAUUUCAAAUUCAUACUAUGCCAAUAUGGUAUCCAAUGUAGUGUUGCCACAAACAAAUUUUGUUCAGGAAAUAAAGUCAUAAUAUGCUU